CCUCUCCCCCCACGCGCCGCUUCUCUCCCCAAAUCAAAACCCAUUACGGCUGCAAUCUCUUUAUGGCGCUAUCAAACACAGCCUUAUAUUUCUUUCUCCCUCUACUACGCGCCCCAAGUUAACGCCACCCUUCUCCAGUCCCACCAAUUACUGUACAACUCUUUGAACAUUUUCGUGACAGAGGAAUAGAGGAUCACCUCUCUGGCUGGGAUUCCUCUACCGCCCACACAUCCAACCGUGAUUGCUCCCGAACCAAAUGGCUUCCGCCUGUCAAUUGUCAGAACGUGGGAAUCUUAGGUGGUUUCUCUGUCUGAACUCUUAGUUUAUUAAUUUGGGGAAUAGGAUAUGCACUAAAAGGUUGCAUUUGGCUACUGAACGUUUUUGGAUAAUCUAACUUGUGGAUGUGGUUGAGGGUAUGGUGGAUAGUUCUGAAAAUGCAAUCCAAGUGACUGCACAUAUGGUUGAUGUUGCCGAUCAAGCAUCUCACAGGGAUGUGGGGAUUGCCCACUCGACCGCCAAGGAUAUAACUGGAUUUGGUGGGGUUACUGAAUUUGAGCCCCAUGAUGGUAUUGAGUUUGAAUCUCAUGAGGCGGCUUAUUCGUUUUAUCAGGAAUAUGCCAAGUCAAUGGGGUUCACCACCUCCAUAAAGAACAGUCGACGAUCAAAGAAAUCAAAAGAAUUCAUUGAUGCUAAAUUUGCUUGUUCUAGAUAUGGUAUCACACCUGAAUCAGAUGGGGGCAGUAGUAGACGUCCUAGUGUGAAAAAGACAGAUUGCAAAGCUAGCAUGCACGUCAAGAGAAAGAAGGAUGGAAAGUGGUAUAUCCAUGAAUUCCUAAAAGAACAUAAUCAUGAACUCUUACCAGCCCUGGCUUAUCAUUUCCGGAUACAUAGAAAUGUGAAAUUAGCUGAAAAGAAUAACAUUGAUAUUCUGCAUGCUGUCAGCGAAAGGACAAGAAAAAUGUAUGUCCAGAUGUCAAGACAAUCUGGUGGAAGUCCUGAAAUAGGCUUCCUCAGGAGUAGCUCAGACUCCCAGCUUGAUCGAGGCCGUUCACUGGUGGUAGAGGAGGGAGAUUCUCAAUUAAUGGUUGAAUAUUUCAUGCACCUUCAAAGAGAAAACCCUUAUUUCUUCUAUGCAAUUGAUGUGAAUGAAGAUCAGCGUUUAAGGAAUUUGUUCUGGGUUGAUGCAAAAAGUAGGAAAGACUAUAGAAGCUUUAAUGAUGUCAUUGUUUUUGACACAAGUUACAUGAAAGGAAAUGAAAAAAUGCCUUUUGCUCCGUUUGUUGGAGUAAAUCAUCAUUUUCAACCGAUGUUGCUUGGAUGUGGAUUGUUAGCAGAUGAAACUGUGUCGACAUUUCUUUGGUUAAUGAAGACAUGGCAUAAAGCAAUGGGUGGACAAGCUCCUAAAGUGAUAAUUACUGACCAAGAUAAAGCAUUGAAGGUCGCCGUGGAGGAAGUCUUCCCCAAUUCACGCCAUUGUUUUGCUCUUUGGCACAUAAUGGAAAGGUUACCUGAUACCCUUUCUCAUACAAUUAAACAGCAUGAAAGUUUUACACGAAAAUUCAGCAAGUGUGUUUUUAAGUCGCUAACAGAUGAACAGUUUGAUAUGAAAUGGUGGAAGAUGGUCGGAAGAUUUGAACUACAUGAAAAUGAAUGGAUUCAUUCUUUGUAUGAAGACCGCAAAAAGUGGGUACCAGCUUUCCUGCGAGAUGCUUUUUUGGCAGGGAUGUCAACAAUUCAACGAUCUGAAAGUUUAAUUUCAUUUUUUGACAAAUAUAUACAUAAAAAGAUCAGUCUGAAAGAGUUUAUUAGACAAUAUGGUACAAUUCUUCAAAAUAGGUAUGAAGAAGAAGCCAUAGCUGACUUUGAUACGUGGCACAAACAACCAGCACUGAAGUCCCCUUCGCCUUGGGAGAAACAAAUGUCAACAAUUUACACACAUGCAAUUUUCAAGAAGUUUCAAGUGGAGGUUUUGGGUGUAGUGGGCUGUCAUCCUAAGAAGGAAAGUGAGAAUGGAAGUGAUGUGACUUUUAGAGUCGAUGACUGUGAAAAAGGUGAAGAUUUUACUGUCACGUGGAAUGAGGCAACAUCAGAGGUUUCUUGUUCAUGCCUUAUGUUUGAAUUUAAAGGUUUUCUUUGUAGACAUGCUAUGAUUGUUCUGCAAAUGUGUGGUCUUUCUAGCAUCCCUUUUCGAUACAUUUUAAAGAGGUGGACAAAAGAUGUAAAGAACAGGCAAACUGUGGUGGAUGGAACAGAAAGGAUUCUGACUAGAGUUCAACGAUACAAUGAUUUAUGUAGACGUGCAAUUGAAUUAGGAGAAGAAGGGUCUUUAUCUGAGGAGAGUUACAAUAUCGCUUUUCAUGCACUCGUUGAAGGCUUGAAGAACUGUGUAGAUGUUAACAACAAAACUGGUACUGAGUAUAGCAGCAACCCUAUUGUACUCCGAGGUGCGCAAGAGGAGAAGCAUGGAGUCCUUUCUACUAAAGAAAGUAAAAAGAAGAUCUCAAACAAGAAAAGAAAGGUACAAUCAGAGUCAGAAGUUGCGACUCUCCAAGUUGAAGGCAGCUUGCAGCCAAUGGAGAAUCUCAGCUCGGAUGCAAUGACCAUCAAUGGCUAUUAUGGAAGCCAGCAGAAUGUGCAGGGACUCCUGCAGAUACAGUUGAACUUGAUGGAGCCACCUCAUGAUGCUUACUAUGUUAAUCAGCAGAACAUGCAAGGACUGGGUCAAUUAAAUUCAAUUGCACCUAGCCAGGAUGGAUUUUUUGGAACUCAGCAAAACAUGCAUGGACUGGGGAAUCUUGAUUUUAGACCACCAAGUUUUACUUAUGGCUUACAGGAUGAUUCCCGUGUUAGAUCUGGUCAGUUGCCUGGAGGCAGUGCUAAGCAUGCAUGAGGAUGAUGCACCUUUAUUGGCUGACUUGUUGCCUUGUGAAUUUGAUUUGCAAUUCAGCCUCCUGAGUUACUCAAUUAAAAAGGAGGUCCAGGAAGAGAUUCAGAUGUCCCUGCUGCUCUUUUCCCAAGAGAACAUUUGAAUUGGUAUGCUGCUCAUGACACAACUGGGUGGAAAUUCCUGUCCUGAUAUAUAAGAGCACCAGCGAUUUCUGGAAUCAUAAGAGAGACACGAAUACAUAUUGCUAUGACUAUGCUCUGUUGAAGAAGGAAGUUUUGGUAGUUCUUGCAGGUAAAUGAGUUGGAUGGAGUAAAAUUUUACUUCUUCUGGUGUCACAGGAAGUGCAAGUGCUAAGGCUAUAAAAAGUUGCAGGGUUACAAUUUAAUGAAUUGCAUGCCACAAUGCUCUUCUUCUCAAAUAGAGGUCUCCGGAUGCCUCCUGACCCUUCGCCCAUUGAAAUGUGUUCUUUGUCGCAAUUAUAGCCAGCUCCUGGGUUCUUUGAGAAUCUUCUGCAGGGAUAUUAAGAUUCUUCAUUAGAAUUAGAAAUGUCUGGAAGUACCUUAUCAGCAUAUUUUUGUAUUUUAGUUUGCCUGAAAUUUACUUGCUUCUUCUCAGUAUAAUUAGUUUGCCUGGAUUUAUUUGCUUUAAGUGUUUUGCUUUCUUUA